GUUUGCCCUCAGUUUCUCUAUGUGGCAAGGAAAGGAUACUAAGUGUGUAGUUGUUCUUAGUCAUGCUAAGUGCGAAGAUCAUUAUCCCGCCACUGAUUAUUGAACGAUGUCGAUGACUAUAUUUUGAUAUUCCGGGUGAGUUUAUCUUUAUUCACCUCACUUCAUGACAAGUUAAGUUGUAUUUCUUCGAAAUAAAAACUAUGCCAGAGAUCCGCCUUGCACCCGCCACCCGCGUGGUGACGAACCCACACGGAGGCGCAGCGCCAGCUGCUUCCAGCACGCGACCGGCUGGGGCAGCUUCCCGUGCUGCCCAUGCGACGAGCAGUGGUGGGGGAAAAAUGAAAGGAAGUGCUGGUGGAGGAACAAGUGUUACAACGACAAGCAACCCGGCCGGUGCUGGUGGUAUAUCAACGGGAAAAUUUAUGUCCGAAGCGGAUUUUGCGAAAAAGAUGCGGAGCCUGCAAGAGCUGGCCUCGGAGCUCUGUGAUGCCAGCGCCAUAGAAGGCGGGGCGGGGAAUCACUCCAUCAUGUCUGAUCUGCACCCGGUACAACUUCUAAAAACGUUUAUUUCCCCAGAACCAGAUUCUUGCUCUUGGCAUUGCAAUUGCAUUGAGUCGUCCACGCCUAGAAUUCUCUACACUCAUGUGUCUUUCCUGAAUUCUUACGAAGUUCUGACUUGCUCAUGACAAAGAAAUCAUAAUCAGGCACUCACCACCGGGGAAAGAAAUCGCUCUCUCAUUGAAGAGCUGCUCAGCCGUAGUAUGGAUGAGCUGGAAGCGAGGAGUCCGGUUGGGCCAUUAGCCAACAAAAUGCCCGCGGACGAUUUGCCGCCGGAGCUGCUUUUCCAAGUGUCGCCUUCCCGGGGAAACAACUUUGCGAAGGUAUAGUUGCGUCGGAUAACGCGGAGUUCUGUUUGUCGUGCAUAGAGAUGAAAUCGAGAAUUCGAAUUGUGAUUGUCAUAUGUCAUGAUUCCAAGCAGCUUAAGCUUUGCUGUUGCUUUACUUCUAGCACCACAAGUUUAUUAUAUAUAAAUUGCAGCAUGGUCGUGUACUUCUACUUUAUCGCUAUCAGGUGAAGUUCUCCCUUCCUAGCUCGAGCUCCAGUUCUACUUCGCGAAACGUCCCCACGUCCCCCGAGGUGUUGGACCACGAGGUUCAGAAUAGUACGAAAGCUGCAGCGCCGCAGCAAUCUGCUGCGUCCGAAGUACGCCCACCGUCGCUUCCGGGGAGCAAAGUUCUUGCGUCAGGUGGGUCAGCUUUAAAUGCCAACGCGAUGAAACGGGAACUGCCGAAGUACGAUGUGAUAGACGAAGAAGAGGUCUACGUGUACGAGCACGGUACCAGCCCGAACAGUGUUGAAGAGGACUACAGAGGGCUAGUGUAUCCGCCGGAAAAGGAGCCGCAAUACCAGAAGAAAAGUCAAAGUCAGCAAAGCAGCUCGGCUACUGGUACUGCUCUCCCGCCCUACUCGUUUCAGCAAACUGAAGCGCAAGAUGGUGGCAUUUUCUCUCGACCAUCGACGGCGCCCUCUUCGCAGCACAUUAAUCAAGUUCAGCACGAGACGAAAAUGCACUUUGUGCAAAUGAGUUCUGUUGGAGCUGCGGCGGCGCAGAGAAUCACCCCGAUUCCGCCGAGUUCUGCAGUGUCUUGCAAGAAAAUAGGGUACGACAUCGGAAAUCGAGCGGGGGUGCAGCUUGGUAUAAGAGCGGUGUGAUCGAUAAUUAUAUUCGGCGACAGCUCUGGAGGAAAUGAAAAAUGAAAUGAAAUGCUUGACCACUGCGCCAGAAAUUUCCCCCCAUCAACAAGGUUCCCACCUGCAGCCGGAACUACAGACCACCUCGGUGCCGAUGCGCCCGAUCAGCGUAGCUGUGUCCAGCAAAGGCCCUCCGGCCAGGGCCAUCGCCACGAGCAAGGCGGCCGCGAUGCUGAUGGUACCCAAGCCGUUUCAGCCCGCGGCGCGUGUACCGAGUGCGGGAGCGGUGGCCGCGAGUGGAGGAGGAGGGGCUGGGAAUUCGCAUGCCGCUUCUUCGUCCAGACCGCCUAGGAGGGUAAGUCUUGUUUCUACGUUUUUCUUUCGGACCAGAAUCUACUUGAUUUGGAUUCUAUACAUUCGUGGGCAUCCAUGAUACGGAUGCGAACAGUGAGAAUCGAAAAAAUGCAUUUCCUAUCCAAAACAAACCAGACCCUUGUGUCCUCCCCGGGCACAACCUCUCUCGCGUCUUCGCCGUUACCGGACUCCGUUUCGCUUCGGGGCGACCUGCAGCAGGAAAAAAUGAAUUCCGCGUCCAAGUCUUCCGUUGCUUCGUCUUCCAACGCCACCACUGGAACUGCCGGAACCAGCACGAAAAAGAAGAAGAAAAAAGCUACCAAGUCGAAAUCUGCAGCAGGAAGUUCUGCAGGAGGAGCGCGGAAUAAACCGCUAAAGAAGAAAAAGGUCUCCACCCCCAUUGACCUCGCGGUGGCGGAGGAGGCUCUGCUAUCUGCCGAGAAUUUUCUCCGCGAAUGCCGACAGGGGAGACGCGUUCCCCUGCAUUUGCGGUCAAGGACGUCGAGUUCGGUCGUGGACGUCGCAAGGCCGCCAGUGAGGAGGGGGAGCGGUGGAGGUGCCGCUGGGAGCGACACGACCUAUCAACUGCCAGUCAGGUAUUGGUAGAAUGGAUGUUGAGUUGUAUAAUAGCUUUUUGUCUUCAUGCGGCAGCAGCAGACACAGACUGCGAAUCAUGAAAGAGAGAACAAUCGUAUGGGUUAUUUGUGUUGAUGCACAGAGACCUGCACAUCGAACCACCACAGAUCUCGCGCUGACAGCCGGGAGUACGAUGGUUUCGAGCGUUUGUAUCGGCAGUCUGCGGCGAAACUUGGGAUGGACAUUGACGGCACUGUUCCGCCAGCAGCCUUCUCCGCCAAACCCACCAGAUCCGCCUCCGCCCCCAAGCUAGGCAAAAGAACGGGGAGCAAGACCCGAAAACUGACGAAAACCUCCUCGCCGACGACCCUGCCGCCAGCUGCAAUAGACACCAGCGAAUUUGUUCCGCCCCCGUCCGAAUUUAUGCCGAAAUCCAGAAGUCAGCACAUCAACGUGGCCUUCGGACGGGCAGUGAUUCCGCAAGCGGUAAUGAACAGAAGCAUGGUGGAGAAAGCGCGAGGCACAACACGGCAAAGCGCAGCAAAGAAGAAGAAACAGAAUAAAGCCCGAAGUUCUACGGUGAGUUCAUCUUUUCAGCCGCCGUCGAGAACGUCGAAAUCCAGCUUCGUAUCCAAUUCCUCCGCCGCAAGCCCAAGCUGGGGAAACAGCAUGUCCGCAACUUCCGCACCCGCCGGCAUGGUGUACGGCCAUGGCGCAGCCGCGACCACGGCUAGUGCCACAACCUCUACCCCCGCGCAGAAAGCGAAACUUUCCUCUUCGGUAAACACGUCUAAAGAAACCGCUUGCUCCACUCGAGCGCCGACCUCCCGAACGGCGUCCAAGGACAGCGAAAGGGGCUUGUACGCGAUGGAUGUCACGGCCACGGGUAGUUACUACGGUCGAACAAGCACCAGGCCAGGCGGACUUGCAGCUGCGCGGGGUAUUACGAAACCUAAAAACCCAUUACUCCACGUGGUGAUGCCAUCUGCUGCUGUUUCAGGAGCCGUAUCUGGGGGCGCUGCAGUGGCCCGCUCUUCUAGCAUAGGAGCAGGUCCUGCUAUGAAAGCAGCGGAGACCAAAGCGGCGAACUACUUGGAUCUCCGGGACGAAAGGGACAAAAUUGCCGCUAGUGCAAAGCUGAAAGAAGAGCCAGAAGAAACAAUCUUUUUCGGCGAUCAGGAAUACAGGUAGUGAAUGAAUCCGUGCUGAGUAGUACAACUCACGACUUGAGUGCAAACAAAGACGAUAGCGUUUGCAUUCUGACUCUGAGUCUGAUGAUCGUGGUGGAAGUUCAAGUUGUCAAAGCUCAAAAUAAUCCCAGGCGCGUCUCCUCAGCGACGACGCUCGGUCCGCGCAGAAACAGCAAGCAAGCGAAGCAAGGCAAACUCACUCCGAGCAAGUCUUUCGGCCAGCAGCAUUCAGCUGGGCCACGGAGUAAAAGCACCGGCGCAUUGAACGUGCGUCGCGGUGCCGCCCGUGGGUCGUCCUUGCAAAUAACCAAUAGUCUUUUGCACCCUUACGAGGAGAAGCAAAAGGAAAAGCUCUACCCGGCGCCCGCGAGAGAACCCAUCUACAGCUACUCCGGGCCGCAUAGAAACGAGAUCCUGGAACUGGAUCGAAGGCGGCAGAGAAUGAAGGAGCUGGAGAAGGAGAUGAACGAGAUCGACAUCACAACGAAGGGCAUCGUUGACGAGGUCCUGUCAGAAGAAGAGGAAAUUCUCCAAAAAACAAGCAGAGCGUUUUCACCCGUGAAAAGCAGGACGAGCAAACCUACCAAACCGCAGCUCUCUCGCCAGACCAACAGCAACACGACACUGAAUUCAUCGCGUCCCACCUCUACUUCCAGACAGCGACCAAGCCGCGCCGCCAGCGCGGACCAGUUGUUUCACAGCAACGAGAGAGCCGCCAGGUCGUGGGCGAAUGCGGAGCGGGAACUGUCGAAAUCGAACAAGCUGCGGAUUUUGACGCCACCAUCGGAGAAGAGAAAAACGAGGACGGAAGUAGGGGUAGCGGCGGCUGCACAACAGAAUGCUCAGAAUAAACACUACAGAUCGUCCGAACAUGUGGACGAAGUAGUCGACCCAGUGGAUCAGAAUUUGAGAUUCUGUUCCGAGGAGCUUCUCGAGCAGAAGCGCCUGCUGCAGCAGGGGAAGGCGAAGAGCAUGAUGUCGUUAGAGAGAAUGGAGCAGAUGGUGGAGGAGACGCACGCUUUGUUGCUGAACAAAAACCGGAACAAGCGAAAAACCAAGAACCCUGCUGUUGCGGAGUCUACUAGUUCUGCCGCUCCUUUCCAGCCAGCGGGGGCUUCCUCUACGACUAGUACUUCCGAGGGAAUAAACAUCAUUCCCUUUUCGUCCGCGCCGUCGUCGUCUCAGCAGAAUACGAAAUCUUCUUCGAAGCAAACGAAACUCACCUCUGCCCGCACGUUCGAAAAUGCCCGGGCGUCGAUUGACAAGGAUAUCAACUUCCUUUGGGACUACUUCCCGGGCGAGGAUCUGAACCGCGGGCGGGGGAACAACAAAGAAGCGUCGUCCGCUGCACGUGGGUCGUUGAAUCGAGCAGCUGGAGCUGCAGCUGCUGAUGACGAACUGGAUUUUUCCUUCGAAGACUUAAAGGAACUGGAACAGCAGGAAUCCACGUGCCUGGAAGAUAUCGACCGGGCCAUCGAGGAACUGCAAAAACAGUUGGAGACUAUCGACAAAGACUGACGUCGAGGGAUGAAAAAGCAAGCUGUAGUUCUUGUAGCUCCUCAUCAUUCCAUACGACAAAAAAAAUCUUUCGCAUGUCUAAUGGAGGCUCUAGUUCUUUGAUCUUUUCCAUUGCACCGGGCUUAGCCAAAGUAGCUCAGCCGGUGGUCUUGUGCUAUCGCAUGUCAUUCAGUCAUAGUCUCCGAGAAAAAGAAGAUCGCGCUUUUACUCCUAAGAAACUUAUCGUCAGCAUUAUUUGGUGCGUUAUUUAUCAUUUCACUUUUAUUCCCAAGGAAGCAAUAUAAUACUCUUGAUGCUAUAGCUAUGUUGUGCCACUUCACUUCACUUUACCAAAAAGUUUGAGACUAAGGUGUUUAGAGAACUUUUUUUUUUCCGUUUGCUGAAACCAUUUACUUUCUUAUUCUUUUUUUUUCAAGACUAGCUGAAAAAUGAACAUGUUUAUGUUGGAUUACAUCAAAACACUUGUUUAUUUCGCGAAAAGUGUAAAUGCAAAAACUAUUUGGAAAAAACGAAAAAUGGAAGUUGGAAGUAGGAUUCAAGUAUGGCCGUGGUCGUAUCAGCAGGGACUAUAUGGUUGUUGCAGCACUUCAUGCAGUGAUCGAUUACACGACGAAAAUUCUCGCGAGUGGUCUUAAUUUCAACUAUGCGCUUUCCUCAGUAUCGUAGUAAUAUCAACCUAGUGCUACGCCUACCUUCAGUGUGAAUCCAUUCGUGAUGUUGAUAGAAAUAUCUUGUAUUCCGUCGUGCUGCUCGCUCUGAUUUGCAUUUUCAGGUAAAGUUUGACGGUAAGCUUACCACUCAAUAGUUCUUUGAUGAUGUUGCCUUUUAUCUCUGAAAUUGAGUUCGAUUUGAGUUGAAAACUCCUCCAGGGUAUGCCAGUGUUGACUCUAGACGAGCGAGGUGCAAUGUCUGCACAACGUGGC